AUGUCAACAAUUUCGAUCAGCGUUGUAGCCCGCCGCGGCGCAAGCUCGGCACUUCGAGCGUCAUCGAGAAGCAUUACAUCGCAUGUUCAUCAUACGCAUCGAACAUGCAGGAACUUUUUGACAACUACAUAUCAGCCAUGCAAAGUAUCAGGCACCCCAGUGAACAACUUCCAAUCCUGUCAAUAUCAGCAACGGCGGAAGUACAGUUCUGAAGACCAGCAAUUCAAGCAAGUUGAAUUUGAAGAUAUCAAUGCCACACUCACCUCAUCCCGCUCCAAUACCAUCCUCGUCGACGUCCGCGAACCGGCUGAACUCGCUGCGACAGGGAUCAUCCCCGGCGCCGUUUCAGUCCCUCUUGCCUCACAACCAGAUGCCUAUUUCUUAUCCCCGGACGAAUUCGAGACAAGAUUUGGAUAUCCCAAACCUGGCUUUGAGGCAGUAGCUGAGGGGGCUUCGGAGCCCAGCAAAGCCGGAAAAGAUAUAAUCUUCUAUUGCAAGGCUGGUGUGAGGGCAGCCGCGGCUGCGCAAUUGGCUGCCCAGGCAGGCUAUGAUCCGAAGAAUAUAAAGGUGUAUCAUGGCAGUUGGUUGGAUUGGGCAGAUAAGAAAGGGAAGGUGGAAAAAUGGCAGGGGGGCGAGUAA